UAUAUUAUCCCCCACCUCUCAACACUCUUCUUAACUCACUCUGCAUAUAUAUGUACAUAGAUAUACUUUCAAGUAACAUUAUAUUGCAUUAAAACAAAUUAAAGGAAUAAUAAUAAUAUUGGUAUGAUGGGGGAACUUCCUAGCAGCAUUGGAAUUCUUCCCUUUAGGAACAAAGUAUUGUUACCUGGUGCCAUUAUUCGGAUUCAAUGCACUUCUCCAACCAGUGUGAAAUUGGUGGAAGAAGAACUAUGGCAGAGGGAGGAGAAAGGAUUGAUCGGCAUUCUACCAGUUCGAGAUUCCACAGAAACGACAGUGGGUUCGACGGUGACACAAGGGGUGGAUUCAGGUGAUAGAAGCUCCAAGAAUCAACCAGUGUUAUUAGAUUAUCACAAGACCGAUGGGAAAAAUUUAAACGAACCCAAUUGGCAUACAAGAGGAGUUGCUGCUCGUGCAUUGCAUCUAUCAAGAGGAGUCGAGAAACCAAGUGGGAGGGUUACAUAUGUAGUUGUUCUUGAAGGAUUGAGCAGAUUUAGUGUCCAAGACCUCAACACAAAAGGAGCAUACACUACUGCAAGAAUUUCCCCUAUUGAUAUGACAAAAACCGAGAUGGAGCAAGUAGAACAAGACGCAGACUACAUUGCAUUGUCUCGUCAGUUCAAAGUAACUGCAAUGGAGCUUAUUUCUGUUCUUGAGCAGAAACAAAAAACUGGGGGAAGAACUAAAAUUCUACUCGAGACUGUUCCUGUGCACAAACUGGCAGACAUAUUUGUUGCUAGCUUCGAGAUUAGCUUUGAAGAGCAGCUGGCUAUGCUAGAUUCUGUUGAUUUAAAAGUCAGACUUUCGAAAGCCACAGAAUUAGUUGAGAGGCAUUUGCAGUCUAUUCGUGUAGCAGAAAAGAUUACACAAAAGGUUGAAGGACAAUUGUCAAAAUCACAGAAAGAAUUUCUUCUACGCCAGCAGAUGAGGGCUAUUAAAGAAGAGCUUGGCGACAAUGAUGAUGAAGAUGAUGAUGUUGCUGCUCUUGAACGGAAGAUGCAAGAUGCUGGAAUGCCUCCAAAUAUCUGGAAGCAUGCGCAAAGGGAAUUAAGGAGACUGAAAAGUAUGCAACCUCAGCAACCCGGGUAUAAUAGCUCCCGAGUUUAUCUUGAGCUGCUUGCUGAUUUGCCAUGGCAGACAACCAGCGAAGAGGUCGAGUUGGACCUGAAAGCUGCAAAAGAUCGCCUUGACAGUGACCACUAUGGCUUAGUUAAAGUCAAACAAAGGAUUAUUGAAUAUUUAGCGGUUCGCAAGCUGAAACCGGAUGCCAGAAGCCCUGUAUUGUGCUUUGUGGGCCCACCAGGUGUCGGGAAAACAUCUUUGGCAUCAUCUAUAGCUUCUGCUCUAGGUAGGAAGUUUAUUCGGAUAUCCCUAGGUGGUGUGAAAGAUGAAGCUGAUAUUAGAGGGCAUAGGAGGACAUACAUUGGUAGCAUGCCCGGUCGCCUCAUUGAUGGAUUAAAGAAAGUAGCGGUUUGCAACCCUGUUAUGUUGCUGGAUGAGAUUGAUAAGACAGGAUCUGAUGUUCGUGGUGACCCUGCAUCAGCACUACUUGAGGUUCUUGACCCGGAACAGAACAAAUCAUUCAGUGAUCACUACUUGAAUGUACCUUUUGAUCUAUCUAAAGUGAUAUUUGUGGCGACUGCAAAUAGGGCGCAGCCAAUUCCUCCACCACUCUUAGACAGAAUGGAAGUCAUUGAGCUCCCUGGAUAUACAUCGGAAGAGAAGCUUAGGAUAGCAAUGCGCCAUCUAAUUCCACGUGUUCUGAAUCAGCAUGGCUUGAAUUCAGAUUUUCUUCAACUUCCUGAGGGAAUAGUGAAACUUGUUAUUGAGCGGUACACUAGAGAAGCUGGUGUGAGGAAUCUGGAGAGAAACCUUGCAGCCUUAGCCCGUGCAGCAGCUGUAACAGUGGCAGAGCAGGAGCCUAAUCUUCCACUUAAUAAAAAUAUGCACCCCAUUUCUUCACCAUUAUUAGAGAGUAGAAUUGUUAACGGAGGGACUGAAGUAGAGAUGGAAGUCAUACCGAUGAGUGUCAACAAUCAUGAAAUAUCAGAUGUUUUUAGAAUCAUGUCACCAUUGAUUGUGGAUGAAGAAAUGCUGGAAAAAGUACUUGGGCCUCCAAAGUACGAUUAUAACGAAGCUUCAGAGAGGGUUGUGACUCCCGGGAUUACUGUUGGGCUAGUUUGGACCGCCUUUGGUGGUGAAGUUCAGUUUGUGGAGGCUACAGCAACUGCAGGAAAAGGGGAUCUACACCUAACUGGGCAGCUAGGUGAUGUUAUCAAAGAAUCAGCACAGAUAGCACUUACAUGGGUAAGAGCUAGAGCUACUGAACUUAAUUUAGCUACUGCACAAGAAAAUAAUCUGCUAGAGGGAAGGGAUGUUCAUAUUCAUUUUCCAGCAGGAGCUGUUCCAAAAGAUGGACCAUCAGCGGGUGUGACACUUGUCACCUCACUGGUUUCCCUUUUCAGUCGAAGAAGGGUCAGAGCAGAUACAGCAAUGACAGGAGAGAUGACACUGCGUGGUCUAGUUUUGCCUGUAGGCGGUAUCAAGGAUAAGGUGUUGGCGGCACACCGCUAUGGGCUAAAGAGAGUUAUUCUGCCUGAAAGAAAUUUAAAAGAUUUGGCAGAAGUACCUUCAGCUGUUCUCAAAAGUCUGGAGAUACUACUUGCUAAGAGAAUGGAAGAUGUACUUGAACAUGCUUUUGAAGGUGGCUGCCCCUUGAAACAUCAUUCGAAGUUAUAAGAAGCGAUCUACAGAAAUCUGCUUGGAAAUCGACCAACCAACUUUGUUAUCUUUGACUGACUGACUUGCCUGACAUGGAACCAACAAGCAGAUUCCUCGUCUGUUGUUUCUCCUGUUGUAAACACACUAAAAUUACUACGGGGUGAUAAAUAUUUUUUCAUUUUCAGCAACAUGUAUUAUCUCCAAAAUGUGGUGUAAAACUCUUCGUUUCUAAUUUGCAGUGUUCAAAUUUCUACUGAAAACCAAAA